GCCUGAAGAAGCAUGACAGAUAUUAUUUUUAAAUACUCAGCAAAUCUCAGCCACAAGGCCAGAAUCAACAACAGAUGAGUAUGCAUUUAAGUAUCGUCGCGGAGACGACGACCGGAUGUCGCUUUGGAGGAUCUGCUCUUGGCAAGCGAGGGGUUGAAGCGCACGAGGUCGGCCAGGAGGCUGCUCAGCAGUUGCUUAGCAACCUGAAACAUGGUGGCUGCGUUGAUGAACAUUUGCAAGACCAGCUAAUCAUAUUCAUGGCGUUGGCAAAGGGAAAAUCAUUGGUACGAAGUGGACCUAUCACGCUGCACACGAAAACGGCCAUCUUUGUAACUGAGCUGCUACUCAAGGAUAAGGUAAAGUUUAACAUCACCCAGGAUGGAGAGACAAAUAUCGUGGAGUGCGAGGGCGUUGGACUGUAGAGCGAAGCUUGCUGCUCUCUUGUUACUGCUGUUUGAAAGAUGCUCGCGUGUGACAGCCCAUGCACAAUCUUCCUAGUAUCAGUCACAAAUUUGUGUGAGGUUGUCAAGUGGAAAAGACACUACCCGUCCAACCCUUGAUGUGAUGUGGCUGUGCUUUAGCUGCAGUAUGAACGGCUGGUUGAUAUGAAAUGCUUGGUUCUACGACAUGACUGCGUUUGUCGAUGCUUUGACAUACAUUGUAAUCAUCAUGCUUGUGCCACCGUUAAUUAUUAGUACAGGCUGCCGGUUUGUCCCGCCUGUUGGUUGAACAGUUUCUUUUGUCGUCAACAGAUGGCACUAUAUGACAAUUGUUCUGCUUGUUGCUUCUACAGAAAGAAUGGCCGUCUGUCUAAUAACGUGCAACGUGCAUGCAAACAAUAUGUAAAACUAUGGAACCUCAUAUUAUUUAUUAUUAUUAUUAUUAAAUCUUUAUUGCAUGUAAUUCAAAUACAAAUACAUGUACUGAAGACAGUCUUUUUCGUGGAGUGUUGAGCAGUUAAAAAAUAAAAUUACUGAGUAAUACAGUACAAAAUAGUGCUAUAAAACAUUAUGAAGAAAAAACCGAAUUCGCAGUCUGCCAGGCUGUGUAUGUUAUUUAAAGCUUAUGUUUAUGAGUAAAAUAAUAAUAAUUAGAGCACUCGGAGAGCGCAGACCUCCGCCAAGGCAGCUCAAUUC